AAGCCAGUGACACGAAUCCCAAUAAUGGCCAAGCAAGUGCUGGACUUAUAUGAGCUGUAUCGUUUGGUUGUGCAGCACGGCGGUCUAGUCGAGAUCAUCAAUAAGAAGUUAUGGCGUGAAAUUACGAAAGGACUCAAUCUACCGUCAUCAAUCACAUCGGCUGCUUUCACACUUCGGACUCAGUGA